CCAUUUCUGAGUGUCGUAAGUUGCUCUAAGGACAAGCAAAGGCGUGCUCCCGUCUGCGUUCAAGAGAGAAUAUUGCUGUCAAACAAGAAAUAUUUCAGGACCAACAGCCACAAAGUUAAAUACGCAGAAAGAGAGGUUUUAUCGUAAUGGCGCGUACCAAUUACAUCGUUUUUGCUCUGUCCAUAUGCUGAGUGUGGAUCUAUUCCAAGAGGCGCAUGCUAUGGUGACACAAGUUUGCGAAGAACAGCCGAGGGACUUGUUUCUUGUUGUGGAUGACUCCGCAAGCAUAGGAGGAAGGGAUAUUAAAAAAGUUCGAAAGUUUCUCACAAAGCUUGUGUCUUCUGUUCACGUCAGCCGCGAUAUGACACGAAUUGGUUUCUUGCAAUUCAGCGACGAAAAAAACACAGCGAUAAGAUUCAAUCUCGACAAUAAGUUCGACGCUGAGACGAUCCGUGAAAGAUUCGUGAACAUGGAGUACUAUGGCGGUCCAAGAACAAGAACUGACCUUGCUUUAAAGAUUGUCGUGGACGAGGUUUUCACAAAAACAGGAGGUGAUCGUCCCGACGUUCCAGAUAUCACGAUUGUCGUCACUGACGGGAAAUCUCGUGACCCCGACCUCACCGCUCUGCAGGCAAAGCGCUUGAAAGAUAAGGGAGUUCGUGUAAUUGCGAUUGGCGCCGGGGAAGAUGUUCAAAAAGUCGAAAAUGAUAUGAAAGAUGAAUUACAGACUAUCGCCUCGAGCCCUGAUGAUGUGAAAAUGGUGGACUUUGCAAACCUUGAGAGUAUAGCAGUCGAUAUUGUGAAUAAAGUUUGUACACCAAUUACGACGACGAGACCACCGACUACGCGGCCAACCACAGAGUUGAAACCACAGACAGAGAAGCCAGCGACGAGGAUUCGUGCCCUGGCACCCAGUCUACCCAGUCUAACGACCGAGCAUCUGACAACAGAAGUGAGCACAACAGCAACAGAAGUGAGCACAACCUCACCGCCGCUCGGCUGCUCUGGGAGCGAGGGAAAAGACAUUCUUUUCGUGGUCGAUGGUUCGGUUAACUUCCAACUUUCUUACGAUCUCUCCCACAAAUAUUUCAGAAAAGUCAAGGGGUUUAUCAAGUCGGUUAUUCGUGAUAUUGACGAUGAUAGAUUCAGGGUUGGUGUGAUGCAAUACACUGAAAAAGGCUCCGCAAAAAUGGAAAUAGAUUUCAUGAACCCAAAGGAGUAUAGGGAGAUUAAAGUACGAUUGGGGACCAUUGUUCAACAGAGGGGAUACAAACGGUUCACCGGGGAUGCGUUGGUCGCAGCUAAUCAUAAGUUCUACGAGCUUGAUGCAGUGAGACAGCGAGAACGCAAUCCAAAUGUGAUCGUUCUCAUCACGCGAGGAAUACCAAACGACAAAGAGGAUACUCGUAGUGCAGCUAGACUGUUAGGAUUAAGACAAGUCCAACUCAUUACUGUUGGAGUUCGUUCAACACCAUCAUCAAAAUUUCUUGCAUCGUUCUUGGAAGAGAUAACCGAGAAGAGCAACGUCAUUCUUUCAAAGUACAGAGGCCUAAAGAAACAGCGUUUUCAAGCAAUAGAAACGAUCUGUUCAGAAUUCGAAAAACCUGUUAAACCUGGCAGGGCCCUAAGUCCAUCUCUGUGCCGUCGUGAUCCACAAGAUAUCUACUUCGUAAUCGACGGAUCAGCGAGCAUCAAAACCCCCAACUUCGCCAAAGUCCAGAUCUUUUUGAUGGAUUUCAUCUCACUACUAAGAGUGGAGUCGUCCAACAUUCACACUGGACUCAUGCAGUACAGCGAGGAACGUCUCACUUCGGUGGUCUGGGACUUAGGUGCGUACACGGAGUUCGAGACGAUCAUAAAUAUUCGUAACAUGAAUUACCAAGCUGGGACGCGCACAGCAACUGGCGAUGCGCUGACUCGUGUUAACAACGAGGUUUUCACGGGACUUUACGGCGAUCGUCCGUACAUCCCCGAUAUGUUGAUUAUAUUCACCGACGGCAAUGCCCACGACUUGAGAAUAGCCCGCAGACAGGCUGCGUUUUUGAAGGAAAAAGGCAUUUUCAUCAUUACCAUUGGGGCUGGAACCGAGCGAUCAAUCCAAAAAUUCAAACAGGAAUUAAUCGACAUGGCCUCUGGACCUGAAUAUGCGUUUACUGUUGAUUUUGAACAGCUCGAAUUCUUCGCCGAAAAAGCGUUCCCGCUCGUCUGCCGACUCUUAGGAUUAAUGAGAAAAAAGCGCCUUUGAAAUCGGCAAGGAAACUGAGAGUAGAUUGGCAAAAAAAUAACCAGAAAUAUACUCACUUAAAGGUAAAAUACACACAAAACCGUUACAGAAGAAAGGAGGCCGUAAGAUCACGCCAAGAAUAUAGUAGAAUACCAUAAAUAACUCAAUGUAGAGUUUAAGAGUCGAGAGGAUAGUGUACGGGUUCUAGGAACCCAUACAAAAAAACAUAUUUAUUAAUCUGAAGAACUUUAGGCUUGUUUAGAAGCAAAGGCGACAUACACAAUCUUGUUGUGAAAAUAUUUAUAAUAAUACAGUGUGAUUGUAACAUAAUAAAAUCAGUAAAAA